AUGGAAUGGGAAAACCAAACCAUUCUGGUGGAAUUUUUUCUGAAGGGACUUUCUGGUUACCCAAGGCUUGAGUUACUCUUUUUUGUGCUAAUAUUCUUAAUGUAUGUGGUCAUCCUUCUAGGCAAUGGUACUCUCAUUUUAAUCAGCAUCUUGGAUCCUCACCUUCACACCCCUAUGUACUUCUUUCUGGGGAACCUCUCCUUCUUGGACAUCUGCUACACCACCACCUCUAUUCCCUCCACCUUGGUGAGCUUGCUUUCAGAAAGAAAGACCAUUUCCCUUUCUGGCUGUGCAGUGCAGAUGUUCCUUGGCUUGUCCAUGGGGACAACAGAAUGUGUGCUCCUGGGCAUGAUGGCCUUUGACCGCUAUGUGGCUAUCUGCAACCCUCUGAGAUAUCCCAUCAUCAUGUGCAAGGAUGCCUAUGUACCCAUGGCUGUUGGGUCCUGGUUUGCAGGGAUUGUCAACUCUGCAGUACAAACUACAUUUGUAGUACAAUUGCCUUUCUGCAGGAAUAAUGUCAUCAAUCAUUUCUCCUGUGAAAUUCUAGCUGUCAUGAAGAUGGCCUGUGCUGACAUCUCAGGCAAUGAGUUCAUCAUGCUUGUGGCCACAAUAUUGUUCACAUUGAUGCCACUGCUCUUGAUUAUUAUCUCUUACUCAUUAAUCAUUUCCAGCAUCCUCAAGAUUCACUCCUCUGAGGGGAGAAGCAAAGCUUUCUCUACCUGCUCAGCCCAUCUGACUGUGGUCAUAAUAUUCUAUGGGACCAUCCUCUCCAUGUACAUGAAGCCCAAGUCUAAGGAGACAUUUAAUUCAGACUACUUGGAAGCUACCGACAAAAUUAUAUCCAUGUUCUAUGGGGUGAUGACUCCCAUGAUGAAUCCUUUACUCUACAGUCUUAGAAACAAAGAUGUGAAGGAGGCAGUGAAACAUCUACUGAACAGAAGGUUCUUUAGCAAGUGAGUGUAAAAUAUACUGGAAUAUGAACACACUCGAUAUUGUUGAAACUUCAGAAUUAUGUUAGAAUUUUGGAUACUUUUACUGUUUUUCUGCAUUUUCAUAUGUUACGUUAAAAUAAUGAGAUACAGCAUUUCAAAGUUAUUGCAUAUCCACUCUAGAGAAUUUGCAACAUACAGGGUAGUAGGAUAAAGAAGAAAGAGAGGUUACCUAUUACUCUAAUAGUAGGAAAUGGCCACUUUUCAACAUUUUGAACAGUAUCUUUCAUAUUAUGUUUUAUUUUUCUGCAUUGGAAUUGGUUGCGAUGUGCCUUUUUAUGUUCACUUUUUUACAUAACGUUAUUUCAUAGGCAACAUUUCAUUGAAUCUUUCAAAAUAAAUAAAGCCAUCUGUUGUAGAAAAAGCAAAACAGAAAAUGCCCAACAUACUGCACUCACACUUUCCAGUGGCACGCCUUGUGUUAUAAUUUCACAUUAAUCUUCAGAUCCUGUUGAGUCAUAAAAUACUAUUUUCUUGUUCUGUAUUUAAUUUUUUUUUGUGAAGCUGAGUAUUUGGGACUAUCAAGGCAGAGUAGAUAAAUAGAGUUUAAA